AUGAGAAAAUUACAUAAUACACCGUAUAAAGCAAAAAAAUUUGAAAUAUACGGUUGCCUACUUUUAUACGGUUUUUUAUUUCAAAUAUACGGUUUUUUAUAAAGUCUUUUUUUCAAAUUUCAAACCCCGAAGUUUUUUUGUAUUCUCUUUCUCUUUCAUCUGUUUCAUUCUCCGUUUCUCAUUUUUUCUUUGGCCGAGUCCGAAAACCUAACUGAGUUUCUUCAUUUUUUUUCAAAAUCGUUUGGCAUUGACUGGUUAAACAAUGGUUGUCACUCGUGCGGGGUCUGCAUCUCCUGCUCGGUCGGGUGCUGCGUUCUCUGGCCCAGCAUCCUCGAAGCAUUCCGACGAUCAAGAGUCUUCCGAAACGAAGGGGAAACUUCUGAAGAGUAAUCUUUCUCCUUUGUCUAAAGGGAAAGCUGUUUUGAAGUAUUCAUUGGAUUCUCCCCUUCCUAAUGUGAUCGAGGAUGAUGUUGGUGGUUCAAAUGAGUUGAAGGAGGGCGACAUGCAUGCGAGUGUUGACUUAAUUGGGAAAAAGUUGAAGCGAAAACAUGUUGCAUUGUCAAAGAGCAAAGUCAGUGCGAAGAAAUCUAAGAAACUAUCUAUUGAAGGUUCUAGUCGAGUAAAGUGCAAGGCUAACAGAAAAAUUGCGAAGAAGAAUGUUGGUUUACUGGAUAAACCGAAGCAUAUGGAAUGUUUUAUCAAACAUGAGGAUCAUUAUAGAGCAAGAGUCAAUUUUCACUGUGGUUUUGAGAAGAUCAAUGUGAUCUCAGAAAAAUUGACUGACUCUCAACAGCUAAAUUGGUUCACCAUGUUUUGUUGA